UGUUCUGUGUGAGUUAUUAUUUCCUUCCCCUCAGCUUGAUCAUUUCCACUUAAGGGGAGGGUGAGGGGAAAUCCUCCAUUCUGAAAGCGCUGGUUGCCAUGGCUUUCACUCAAACCUUCUCAACCACCGAGCACGUCCUCCGAGUGGCGUCAGAACAGAUGAGAUUACAGCCUGUUGGUACUGAUGCUCGAGCAUUGCACAUACCACUUCCACGCUUUAUACUUUAUAUGGAGAGGCGCUGGUGCAAGGUGUAGGUGCAGCCGGUUGUCGAGUCACAAAAUCCCAGUGCAAAGUAACUUCCCUCUAAACUGGAGAUCCGAAGAACUUUCUCGGCGUGGGAUAAGAUCAGUUUUGCUACACUUUCUAACUGUGCCUGGUUACAGUGAUGUGAGGAGUUUCAUCCAGGAUGACGUUGCUGGCAGGAGACAGUUCGGACUAUGAUUACAGCACCCUCAGCUGUGCCUCCGACACCUCCUUUAAUCACAUAAUCUAUAAUGAAACACAAAGUUUGAAAGGCGUGUUCUACAAUCGAGCUCAUCUCAUUUCCCCUCAAAAAGACUUGUUCGGCAGUGCACUCCCAGGGGAUCGCAAGCACCAAGUUGUAAUAAAUGUCGGAGGAAUUAAAUACAUACUACCAUGGACCACUCUGGAUGGCUUUCCUUUAACACGUCUUGGACAGCUUCGGUUUUGCCAAACCUUUGAUGAAAUAAUGAAGAUUUGCGAUGAUUACGAUGUGACAUCAAACGAAUAUUUCUUUGACCGAAACCCAGGUGCCUUUAGAACAAUACUGACUUUCCUAAGGGCUGGGAAGUUGAGACUCUUGAGGGAAAUGUGCGCCCUUUCUUUCCAAGACGAAUUGCUCUACUGGGGCAUUGAGGAUGACAACCUGGAGUGGUGCUGCCGUCGCCGAUACCUACAGAAGAUCGAGGAGUUUGCAGAAAUGAAUGCUAUUGAGGAAGAUCUGGUAGAGGGUGAAAUGUUGGUUGAUUUAGUUGAAUCGUCGAAAUGCAAUCGUUUCAUGACACAACUCAGGGAUAUGGUGGAAAACCCCCAGUCAGGACUUCCAGGAAAAAUAUUUGCCUGUCUCUCUGUUAUAUUUGUGACAAUCACUGUUGUUAAUCUAUCAAUCAGUACCAUGCCUGACCUCAGAGCCGAAGAGGAUCAAGGUAUUUGUUCCCAGAAGUGUUACAACAUUUUCAUCGUGGAAACUGUAUGUGUAGGUUGGUUUUCUCUGGAGUUUGUGCUACGUUUCAUACAGGCCCGCAGCAAGUUUGUGUUCCUAAGGACUCCUCUGAAUAUCAUUGACAUUAUAGCUAUCUUACCCUAUUACAUUACCCUUCUGGUGGACCACACCUCAGCGGAGAAUGGAAAGCCUGGAGGAGGAAGUAGCUACCUUGACAAAGUGGGGCUGGUUCUGCGAGUUCUUCGUGCCUUGAGGAUUUUGUAUGUAAUGCGCCUUGCUAGGCACUCCUUGGGAUUACAAACACUGGGACUAACUGCUCGCAGAUGCACCCGCGAAUUUGGACUUCUCUUGUUAUUCUUGUGCGUGGCCAUUGCACUCUUUGCUCCAUUGCUAUAUCUUAUUGAAAAUGAGAUGGUUAGUUCACAUGAGUUCACAAGUAUCCCAGCGAGUUACUGGUGGGCGGUUAUAACCAUGACAACUGUGGGCUAUGGAGACAUGGUGCCACGAAGCAUCCCAGGCCAAGUUGUGGCUCUAAGCAGCAUUUUAAGUGGCAUUCUUCUCAUGGCCUUUCCCGUAACCUCCAUCUUUCACACUUUCUCCCGCUCGUACGUGGAGUUAAAGCAAGAACAGCAAAGAGAUCAGAGAAGAUUACAGUUCAUGGUUAAGCCCAAAUUGCAAAUGAAUAAUAUGUGAUGAUGAAAUGAAAUUAUUUGUCCAAGUCACUCUUCAGAACCCAGAUAAGAUAAGCUACAUUGCUUUGAGUUAAACAGCAGAUAUUAGAGACAAUUGUCAUUUCCAAAACACUGUGUUAAUUGUGUUUCUUCAUGAGAAAGGUACUUCAAUAGUAAUUUGAUAGAGCUAGCUUUCGGAUUGUGACUUUAAAAAAAUCUGAAUACUACAAACAUUGCAAACACACAUAUACCGUAUAUCAAUCUACCCAAUAGAGGAUAGUUGAAGUUAUCAACAAAUAAUGGAGUAUUUAGUCCGUAUAAAUUUUGCAGGAAUUUAGGCACAUUUCUGAGUGAAAAUAAUGAAUUAGUUAUUAAUUUAAUAACAGUAGUUGUCACACUGUGCAAGCCAAGAAUUGUUAUGAUUAGCGAUGGCAAUGAAUAACAAAAUGCUGGAAACACUCAGUAGAUCAGGCAGCAAAGAGAAACUGAGUUAAUAUUUCAGAUCAAUGAUCCUACAUCAGACCAGGGAAAGAAAGAAAAACAGGUAUAUAAACUGUUUAUGUACUGCAGUGUGGGGAAGAAAGAUAGUGGUUCUCACCAUUUCAUCAUUUAAAAGACAAUUAGAUAGGCACAUGGAUAGGAAAGAUUCAGAGGGAUAUGGGCCAAACACAGACUAUGGGACAAGUGUAGAUGGGGCAUUUGAUCGACAUGGGCAUGUUGGACUGAAGGGCCUGUUUCAAUGCUUUGACUCUAUGGAUAGGACACAGAGAAUGUCAUUGGCAGGGGGAGGCCAGCAUUGCCAUGGGAAAAUGGUGCAAAGAUCAGCAGGUCAAUGGGUUAAUAGGAACAUUUACAGAAAUAAAAGUGAACAAAGACUGUGAAAAGGGAGAGUGGAAGUAGAAGUGGAAGCAUUAAGAAAGAAUAUUUGACCUAAAAUACUAACGCUUUCUUAUUCCACAAAAGAGCAGUUGUUGCAUCUCCUGGGGUUGCUUGAGGAGAUGCCAGAUGAAGGCAGCCGGGUAUUAGUGGAGAUGGAAAAAUGAACCAGGGAAAAACCGAGAAUGGAAGAAAUUCUUUGAAUGUGGAAGCUAAAAAGGCUUUAAGGUGAAUACAGGAGGAUACGUAUCCUUGCUCUGGUUGACAGCAGAUGUGAUAAGAGCUUAAGAGCAUGGACAUGCAAUGGAGCUGCAAUGGACAUGGCUGAAACCAUGUGGACAACGAUUGGGAGAAACCACACUUAAAGAAGAAGGAAGGCAUAAUGGAAGCAUGAUGUAAAAGUCUCAUCAUCAGCAAGGAUCAAGCCUUCAGCAAAGAAAUUUGACCUUCUGAAUGAGUCCCAAUUCGAUACAGUUAUCAACAACUCACACCACUCGGCUGACAAACUGCUGUACAAUAGUUUCAAUGAAAAACAUCUUACUUUUGACCCUGGAAAUCUUUUCUUGAAUGAUUUGUCUUGUUGUAAGUCAUUUUGUAAUUUCUGUGAAUAUGUUCCAAUUGGUGCAUUUAUCUUUCAUUAGGAUGGUUGCAUUGCUGGACUUCAUUAAAAGAGAAACUACACUG